AUGUACUGGUCAGACUGGGGAUCUCAUCCUCGACUGGAACGUGCCUGGCUGGAUGGCACGCAUCGUGAAGUAUUGGUCAGCACUUCUAUUCAAUGGCCCAAUGGUCUAGCUCUAGACUAUAUAGAACGUAAAAUAUACUGGGCUGAUGCAAAACUUGAUAAAAUUGAAGUAUGUAAUUUAAAUGGGAGUGGUAGACGUGUACUACUUGAUAAAGAAGUGCCUCAUAUCUAUGGUUUUGGUCUUAUUGGGAAACACCUAUAUUGGACGGAUUGGCAACGGCGUAAUCUUCAGAAGCUUCAUGUUGAUAGCUUACAAAACAAAGAUAUUGCUGAAUUUCCUGCUGUGAUGGGACUCAAAGUUGUUGAUAUGAGACUCAAAUAUGGUAAGUGCACCAUGAAUUACUGGAAGUUAUUUCGUUGUGAUUUUUAACUGUUGAGGCCGUCAUAAUCGAAUGACUAGCUUUUUUUUUGUUAGCAAAUCUUUGGUUAUUUUUUAGUUGAUCUUGUUUUCUCUACUUUGAAGAUAUUAGCUAAUAUUCUGCUAAUGAAGAGCCAAUGAGAUCGCAGAAUAACUCGUGUCCGGUAGUUGCCUAUAUAAUAAUGUGUACUGUAAUAUAAUGUACAAUAAUAAUAAAUAAAUAAUAAAAUAUGACUUUAAUAUCUAAAUUCCAAGACGCUGCAUGUGCUAAUGCUUAUUUUAUUGUCGUGUGAACCAGUCUUUUUUAUUCCAUGAAAGGUAAAGCAUUUUCCUAUUUUUUGAUCAGGUGACAACGACUGUCAAGAGAACAAUGGUAACUGUUCUCACCUGUGUUUGUAUACACCAGUUGGAGUGAAAUGUGAAUGUCCAAUGGGACUGGAAAUGACUAAAGAUAAUAUGACAUGUGUUGGUAAGUACAGUACAAUGUGUUGGUAACCUCUCCACCUAACGCCGCUUUACGCAGGAUAGACAUUUUUACAUCAUUCUUAACUAAACAUACAUUUUAAAGUAUAUUUAAUUUCGACGAUAGGCCUUCCGAAAUUUUACAGAUAUAGAAAAUAUAGUGGGCAAAUGAAAUACAUAUUGGGCGAAAAAUUAAGCGAUUAGGCGUUUUAGUCAGUUACACGACUAUUCCAAACCAAAUUGGCUACCAAAUUUGCUGUUUCUAUGAUGUUAGGUGGAUUUACUGUAGAUAUAUUCAAUCUUGUUUAGUUUAUUUAGCUCCAGAAGCCUUCUCUUUUGCAUGAAACGUAUUCGUCGUUUCUUUAAUUUCUUCUCUUCGUGUUUUUUUUUCUCCGCCUCCUCCGGUUUACCUCCCUCAGCAAAACUAUCCCUUAUUGAAUUUCUCACUCAGUCCAAUAUCUAUUCUGUGUCAUUGGUGAGCGGAUUUCCGUAUUGCCUAAUUGAUAGGGAUCCGAGGUACCUACGAUUUUAACAUCCUUAUUCGAGUAGAUACGGAAGUCUAACCAUUUACUGAUGUUAAUGUAAAGGUAGCUCUUUAUCCUCAUUAUUUUAAGACCUUGAGUAGACGUCCGACCAAGGAUUGAAUCCGGGUCUACCAAGUGGGAAAACAUACCUGGUGUGAUGGACUUCAAAUAACCCAUAAUCUAAUUUCUUGUAGUUCUUGAAGCGUUUCCGUUCUUCGUUUCUGUUUUGCUUCAAAGCAAAGCAAAACAAAGCAAAGCAAAGCAAAACGCGACAUUAUGUUGUGUCAUAUUCAUGUUUUGUUGUACAUUACAAGCUCAUGCGCGAUUUCCCUGCCAAUGUCACAAUUACUGUCAAAAGCCAACAAGACACUGGGUCUCAUUAAAAGGAGAAGCAGGGGCAUAACUGAUUUCACUACAAGGAGAUUAUUGUACUGCACCCUCGUCAGACCCAAGUUAGAGUAUGCUAGUAAGGUAGUAACGUGUGGUUACCCAGCGCCGUUAAACAUCGACCAUUAAUUGAGAACGUUUAGCGGAGAGCAACGAAGACCAACGAAGUUCAUUCUAAGUUACCCAAAGAUUGAUCACAACCAACCUCCUUCCGUUAGAAUUCCGCAGGGAGAUCACGGACUUGAUGUUACUGUACAAGUCAAAAACCGGAGUCAUGGACGUUAAUAACUUUUUUGCUCGUACGAGCCUGGUUUUAGAUCUCGCAAUUGUAAUGAAAAUAAUUACUAUUUCCUCUUAAAACAUAAACAGCAGUACUUUAGAAACUCGUUCUUUGUCAGAUUUGCAAGUCUGCGAGACCUAAAAAUCUGUGGUUUGCUCAACUCUUUCAAAAUUAGUAUACGUAAACAUUAUGUAUAUAAGUUAACUUCUCACAGCCCUCCUGGCUUUACUUAGAUCUAUAAGUUAUAAAAAGUUAUUUGUGUAACGUACUGUAUUAACGUGCUUGGCUUCUUGUUGUUUACUUGAUCUCAUGGCCUUCCUGAGACUCCUUAUGAUUUUUUACAAAAUAAGUAUUAGGUUAGGCUAGUUAUUUGUUCGAGAAAUAGUUAGAAAUAUUGAUAUUCGCUUACAAAUGACUAUAAUUUCUAUGUGUACCUGCAGUACUUUUAUCACGAAAUCAUGAGGAAAGUCAUUGUGCUCGGUGUUCAACAAGCAGCAAAGUCUAGUUAUAAUGUUGGGGUCAGGUAUCAAUUGGGACGCAAGUCCUGUUCCUUUCCCCAGUCACACUUGUGUCCUCGUUUAUUGUAGAUGUAUGCGUAAUGAUUGUGUUGUGACAAAUGAUUAAAUUAAAUUAAAUUGGCUAAAAAUAUUCUUAAAGCAAUGAAGAUGUAUAUUUUUAUUUAAGACGCUCUGAUCCAAUGCCCUGUUAAGGCCACAAAACACAACAACCCGAACGAUUUUUAUUAUCAAGCGACGUAUUUCACAUCUGGACGGUUUUACGUGAGCGAAAUAGAAGUUCUGAAUUUUCGACCUGUUUACAGUAACGUGUGAAUUUGAUCGACGAUAAGAUUUUUUGAGUAAUACAACCGAAUGAGGGAUAAAAAACAUCGACAGGGUGUUCUGCAAAAAAUAUACCUUUUGAAAUUUUCCUAUUGUAAUAAUUUGAAUGCAUAAUUACUGAACCUACGGAAGCGUAAGAUACAGGGUGUAUUGAAAACCAGACUUUCAUAAAUAACUCCAUUCUUGUUAAGUACAAGAUUUUCUACCUCUUGGAAUUAAAAAUAGCUUCUAAUCGUACGAAGAAACAUAACUACGGAAAAAUUUUGGUCGUGUCGAAUGCAGUUAAGACAAUAGAUAAUGAGAUGAUAAACCUCAUUAAGCUGAUAAACCUCAGAAAUACAUGCAUGCAGUAACCCCUCGCCAAUAUUUUCCAAACAUUAAAUUAACAUGAAGUAUUCAGAAAUGGCCAACACUGAACGCAGGCUCGCGUUCAAGUGUUGCCAUGACAACACGAUAUUCUUUAAUUUUUAAUUUUUUCAUAUUUUUUGUACAAAACUGCAAAAUAGUUGAAACAUUCGUACUUUUAACUAUACAACAAUAAAUUUCCGAAAUAUACAGGGUGUAUCAAAAAAAGCGCAAUCCUCGACUGAAAUGUAAAUUGCUAAACAAAUAAUAGACGAAAACGUUAAAGUUUACAUUCAUUUUAAAGCGUAGCCAUUCAGCUUUCUAACAGUGGGUUGUUUCUUAAAUUUGACUCAUUGGUUCGCGGGUAAUAAUACUUUACGUUAUUGCGAUUGGAGAUUAAAAAAAUUGAGAUGGAAUAACUAAACGUUCUCAUGAAAAUAACUGAUUUUUUCAUUAAAACAAAAAAAUGUUGCAUUUUAUUAAAUGGAUUGUAACAAUAAGUAUAAUUACGGCUUUUCUUCCACUAUUUUAACUCAGUUUGAAACUUCAAAUGCGAUAUAAUUUUGGCUUGGACCAUCUAAGCUGACUGACAUCAACUUGCUAUAAUUUCUGUUUACAUUACAUCGCAAUUCGAUGACACUCUGGCUCAGACACCAGAAUGUUUUGACGAUUUUUAGCAUUCGUUUAGGAUUUUCAAACAACCUGGUCUCUUUUAAAAUACUUUUAAUUUGUUCUUAUACGUGGUUUUCCAGAUGUAGUGACGACAACAUUAAAGUUUAAAGAAGAAAAUUCUAACAUUUAAACCGACUAAACAAUAACAUAGUAAACUUGCAUAAUUAAACAGCAACUAAAAAUGAUAGGUUUUACUAAAUCUUUUCCUGUGCAAUUAUUACUAGCAUUGGAGACAAGGAUAAUAGUUUGUUUGAAAGAGAAAAGAACAGGUUUUGAAGUAAGCCUAACAGCGUUUAACUAUAGAAAUAGUAUUUCGAAAGUUAUUAAGCACAAAAGAUGAAUUGCGUUUAUUUUGAUACACCCUGUAUACUGUCGGUAUAUUAUUUUGCAUUUUGUGAGCCUUGAUUUAAUGUAAAAUUUAACUUGAAACGCUUCGGUAAAAUGUUUUGAAAUGUUCAUUCAACUAAGUUCAACUAAACUACAUUUGCCGAUAAACUGUUUUUAAUUAAUAAAACAUAAUAAGUUUAAUACAAAUAAAACAAAUUAUUAUAUAUAAAUAGUCAAAGUCGUAUUUUUCUAGUGUUUUAUUGGUUGAGAGCAUAUCACGUGAGAGUGACGAAAUUAGGCUGUCUCCCUCGCAACAGCGCGAGAGGGAGAUAAUACGUUAUCGACCGGCGAAUAACAAAAUCACGUGCGACAUCACGUGAAGAUGCGACCUUUGGACAUGCCUAGUACGUAAUUAAAACUUUCGCUUUAAGUAACUGCAGUGUAGCCAGUGUUUAAUAUAACGUUUUAACAAUAAAAUAUUUCAUGUAUUUACGUUCAUUUGUUCUUUAAUUUGUUGUUUCUUUGACUAUUGAUAUAUAAUAAAACACUUAUUUACUGAGACCUCGGGAAAGCAGUGUGUUUUGUGGACCCUCGACCGUCGAUGUUUCCCUCGACUUCGCCUCGGGAAAUAUCGACGGUCUCGGGUCCACAAAACACACUGUUUCCCUCGGUCUCAGUAAAUAAGUGAUAAUUGUUAGGUAAUUUCAGUUCAGUCUUCAAAUCAAUGUGUUCUCCUUUACAUUUUAAGAUUUUUUCUCAAAUUAAACGGUAAUUAAUGAAACUUAGAGCUUUGUUAAAAAAGGAAAACAGAUGAACUGUUUCAUGUUUUUAGGCAAAAAGUAAUUAAAGCAACAAAAUUCGUAAACAUUAAAUAUUCAAAGCAAACACGAUUUCCCAUAGUAAAUCAAUUACUUCUUCUCAUUUCUUCAAACAAAAUUUCUUCAAGCUUGUUGUAUAUGAAACGAUUUUCCAAAUAUAUGUCUUUUAAAAUUGAAAUCUUGCUUACCCACUCCUACAAGCAAUCAGCCAUAUUUUUGAGAUCAGUGAGGAUGACCACCCACUCAACACCGUUGGUGAGCCACGCCCGCGAUCAUUGAUGAACUUUAGACUUCGCUAAUGCUUUCGUUUCCCCGGGUGUAAAUAGCCGGGGGGAAUUAGUACCCUCGCCCCGGGCUUACGCCCGGAACGGCGCUCCGCGCCGUUGGCUCGGGGAACAUAACUUCUAUGAGAAAGUGCUAAUCAACUACAUUAUAUUAAUUGUUUUCUUUGUUUAUAGUUGUCUCGCUCAGGCUUUUAUACUCAGAGAGAAGGAAUAUUCGCUUGCUGCAUGUUGACGGGGACCGACGUAGUCAAAACAAUUUUACAACUACUUUGCUAGCGAAGAAUCUGGUGAAUGCGAUAGCCGUGGCAUUUCAUUAUCAAGAUCAAAUCCUAUUCUGGACUGAUGUUUCUCUGGGAAAAAUAUUACGCAAAUCUAUAAAAGACAGUAUAGUUGAAACAGUUGUAUCUGUUGGUUUAGUCCGACCCGAAGGAAUUGCGAUUGAUUGGGUCACAAAGAAGAUUUACUGGACUGACUCACACUUGAAAUUAAUCGAAGUUGUGAAUUUUGAUGGCACGCAACGUUCUGUGUUAGUUUGGAAAAAAUUAGGCAAACCGAGAGCUAUUGUUGUUGAUCCUAGCCAUGG